UGGCCCGAUAAGCAAGUACCUUGUAUCGAGUGACGCGUAAUACAAAGUAAGCUAGCGAACCACGUCGACGAUGAUCAUGAGGUAGGUUGGGACAUCCCAAAUUAAUUUAUUUAUGUUUUGUUCUUCUUGUGUUUUUCUGUAUGUUUCGUGUACUACGCUAUUUUGUUGCUUUGGAACAAGCGACUCUUGACAAUUUCUAAUGAGGAUGGUCUUAACUACUUCGAACCGGCUGGCAGCGCUGGUUCUAGCGGUGACCUCGCUUGGCUUCAGCAGUGCUGGAUCUCAGAAGAGCUUUGGUCCAACGCUCGAAAGCGCCCGCGAGAAUGGACUUCAAAUCUUCAACUCCGUUCACGAUGCGAUGCGCCAGUUCGGAUCAUCCUUACACCACAAUGGGAUGUCAUUAUAUCCUGGAGUCAUUCCGAAGGGUGUCCUCUUGUACCAUGGAACUCAUACCAAGGAAAUACCAAAAGGUUCCGAAUGGCUCGCAUUUGAAAUAGAGCACGCGGAGGGGUUUGCUCGCGGUGGUCCCCCGGGUCCCGGGCCUGGUCCUAAUCAUACAGACGGAAGAACACAUCGAGGCCCUCGAGGUCCUCCAAUGGGCAUGGCAAUGCAGGACGGACAUCACCCGCCUGACCGUCCUCCACGUUCAAGAGAACCGGGCCAUCUACACAUCUAUCAAGCAGUGCGCCCGCUCAAUGUGCUAUAUAUAGAUGGCAUGGCUGCCGGUAAAACUGAUGCGGGGACGACAGACACGCAGGAUAUCCUACUAUUAGGCAAUAAGAGCCAUGACGGUUGGGAAGAGAGGUCAAGAGCCGAUAAGUUAUGCAUACUAGCUCAAGAUUGGAAGAUCGACGGGUUUAUCCGCAUGGAGCCCGGUUUCGAGAUUAUAUACUGCGACUUUACGGACGGCCUCAAGCUUCUGUCCGCCAAUAAACGACCAGCCAUGGACAACCCCGGUUCAGAGGAUAGUAACGGCAUUUCAGGAUUUGAGUGGGCGAGGGCAGCUUCGCAGCGCUACAAUGACAUUGGAUCAUCGCGUGUCAUACUCGACUACUCCUCCGUGGUGUCGGCAUUCUUUUACCCGAUCAAUCUCACGAACCCGGAUCCGAAGAGACCUGAGCUGCCUAGACUGAUAGGAGCGAGCAGUGAAGAGCUGGACGUUGUGAGGGAACACGUCGCCGAGUCAAUAGCCCGAUCGAUAUCACACCUGCAAUCUCCCAUAGAUUGGCAAGGAGUCUCGGAUAUGAUCGUUACUCGAUACGUUAAACGCCUACCCUUCAUCGCCCAAACGGAUUCCAUCGACAUCAUAAAGGCCGAAUUGAACGGCCUUUUGAACAUAUACAUCGACUAUGCCGAGACCGACGUUGGAUUCGCAGGCGCACGGCAACGCUGCGCCGAGUUCUUCCUCCAGCCAGUCCAGCCACGAACCUCGGAGGACAAACUCGUAUAUGCGGCAUUCGAGAAGACAACCUCCACGAUCUGCGCCGCGCUCUUCAAAGCCCGCGAGAUUGUCAUCGAGGACCCGGACGCAGACGAGCCAGUUGCGAUGCAUGCUACCAAGCAAAUCAUCGGCUCGCUGGUAAAAUCCCUGGGCUGGUCGAACUUCAAGGACUGCGGCGUGUGUAAAGCUGAUGAGGUAUGUUUCAUUGCCAUGUGGCCGAUGGGAAAUAUCGAGGAUCAUUACAGCCCGAGCUGUCUGAACUACACAGCCAUGGGACACGGCCGCAACAGUUACUGGAGGUCCCUGGGAGGAUUUCCUCAUGGGCCGCCACCACAGCCGUCGGCCUGUGCGGAUGGGCAGGCAUGUGGAGAACACGAAGACCUGGGGAAUGAGGAGCUAUGAUGGCGAGGUUGCCAGGCACAUCGGAAGAUUAACCAGCCCUUCAUUUCACGUUACUUGAAUAUACCCCAUCCAUGGUCUUCGCAUCUGGUUACCUAUUUGGUGUCACAACAUCUCGGUAUUGAGACUAGCUGCUUGGCCAGGAAUAUCAGUCCGCAGCUACUACCGCGUGUCGUUGAUGAGGCGUACCUUGGCCGGCAUUUUUACUUGUCAUAUCCAAUUUCGAAUACCAGACAUUAUUUCAGAGGGCCUUUUUAUGGUAAAUACAAGUAGGUAGGCUGUUGUUAGAAUUGCUUUUUUUCAAGUGGAAGUCGGAUCAGCUGGUUUCUAUGAUAUCCAUUGAAUAACAUUCCCUUCUGCUUUUGCUGUUUUAUUUGCUUGCUUGGUACCACUGCCCCUCUCGGCGUCACGUUAAGAUGGGACUGGCCUAGAAGAUACCCAAACAUAGCCACAAGAUAUUCAGUUGAAAUUCGUAUUAUUCGUACA